GGUGCUGUCAACCGCUUAAAGAGAGCGAGGCUGUCCACUCCCUCAACCGAUCUCGUCGUCAUUUCGUAACAGCCAUGGCGGCCCGAGCCCACGCGGCCAAGCCCACAGGCACGGGCACGCGGAGUGAUCUAGAGAACGCAGAUCACAACAACAAGCAGGCGGACAGCUUGACAUGCGCGUCCAACGACCCUCCACUGCCUUCAGAAAGUGCAACGUCGGUAGAAGUCCGCGCGUUCCUCACGGACGUCCUGUGCACGCAAUACGGAGUAGAAUCUGAAGCGUCACGCAACAUAGCCAGCCUUUGGACGGUCGGUUCGGGGCGCGAGCUACGUACCUAUCCAGCACACAUGUUUUUCAGCGUCUUUGGAGACCAGGCCGGAUGGGUGCUGUACAAAGAGGUCGGUAGCCGGACAACGCGAAUGAACAUAAAGCAGAAUCCCAAUUUUGACGCAACAAAGAACCGCUCCGUAAUCUCUGGGGUGUGUGCGAUUGAGGCCAUGUUAGCAUUUAUCUUUAUGGUGUUGCCAAGACUUCGAUGGAUUAGUGGGUUGCUUUUCGCGUUCUGUACGGUAGUGCUUCUUAGCAUGAUGUUAAUCGCAGUCACGGGUACACCAGAUCCUAGAAAAGUCCCUGAAGCGAAGUUGAAGGUAUCUUACGGAAGGUGGUUUAAUAAUCUAAAAAGCUAAAGUAAUUAGAUAAAGAGAGACAAUACAGAGUAAUGACAGCAGAACCAGAG